AAUUAGUUUCUUAUUGGAUUUCAGACUUUGCGGAUGUUUUUGUUGGGAAGAUUUUUUAACAAAUAAAAAUAAAUUAUAAAAAAUUGAAAAGUAAAUAAAACAAAUAUUAAUACACACUAGAUAUAAAAUAUUAAAAAUGAAAAUUUGUAGUUUUUGUUGACAAAAUUUACAAUUAUUGUGAAAGCAAAGUAUAGAAAAAAAUUAAGUGCAACGACCUUGAAAUCAGCGGCUUUGAUUUUCUUUUGAUUUGGCUAAAAUCAACCCAAAAAUAAGUUAGUAAAAUUGUGGUUAUUAAAAAAAUUGCAACAGGACAAUUUUUCAUUAGAAAAACGUUUGUCUUUAACAAAAGUAGAAAAUAUCUUGUAAAUUCAUUUGCUCAAUUACCACAAACUACAAAAAAAAACUGGCGUGUUUUUGUGUUAAUUAUUAUUAUUGUGUUUUUUUAUUACUAGAAAAAGUGUUCACGCUGUAUUUUCUCCUCUGCCUUUUAUAUAUCUAGCCUGAUAAUAAUAUUUGGUGUAAUAAAAAAUAUUUUAUUGUUGUUUAUUUAACAUUUACAUAUUGACAACAACAAAUCCUUUAAUACCUACCACGUUUUUAAUUAGCAAAACGGGCGCCUAAAAAAUUCAACAAACCAACCAAACACUUGCUGUUUUUCUUUUUACCCUUUUCAUUAAGCCCUAAAACUACAACAAUAAAAUUACAAAAACAAACCAUACAAACAAAAAUAAACUAAAAGACGCAGUGCCACCAUUAAGGGAUUUCCAAACGCCAAAAGAAAUUAGCAGAAAAACACAAUGUCACAAGGAGCAACAAUUGAUCAAGCCGGUGGAGAUCACCACGUCCAUUUCGAUGUCGCCAACUUAAAAGAUGAUUUCGAAUCGGACAGUUGUGUAACGUAUCAACGUUCGGGUGAUACAAUAGUCAUCAGUCUGGGAUUUCUGCAGGUCAAUCACAGAUAUAUGAUUGAUCUUAAACUGCCUAGCAAUUUAUUCAGUGAUCUAGGCAGUAGCCUAAAUCAAUUUCAACCCGAUGUUUCAACAGUUCCUAAUCUACAUUGUCGCAUUACCGAAUUCUCUGGAGUGAAACAUGAUGAACAUGAUUUCUACGAAAUGAAAAUAGAAUUUUUCGCCUACAAAGAGAAACUUUUGCGUGAAACACUGCAUAUUGUUAAUUCGAAUAAUGAUAAGGAGGUGCUGAAACUAUUAAUUGCUGCUCGAGUCUUGGGUAAGGGUAAAGGUACCCCCAUGCUGCGUAAUGGUAUACACUGUAUAGGCAUGGAAAAGGAUGAGGAAUCAGAGGCUUCAGAUUUUCCCGGUUUUGGCAAGGAUACAUAAAUUGAGUUGAGUCUGUGCGAGUAGGCGGGGAAGAGCUCACGACUUUAUUUAGAGAAAUAAAGCAAUUAAUUUUUAAUUGUUGAAUAUAAUAAUUUUUUUCUAUUUUAAGAUAUUCAAACAUUAUUUUGACUAGUUCUUAAGGAAAUCUUCUAAGUGGCAUUUUAUUCAAUUAAAAAUAUUAGAAAUACUUUAAAGAAAAACACAAAACAAUACAAUAUCUACCUUAUAACCCGACUUUUCUCAAUAUUAGUAAAAUAUAUAAAGAAGAAUUGUUAUGUCUGAAACUUUUAGGAAAAUCUUGAGUACUUAUAAUACAAUUAAGUACGAAUUUUAUAAAUAUCUCACAAAACAAAAUAAGAAAACAAAGAUGGAAAAGAAUUUAUUCAAAAACUGAAAACUAAAUUUUAUAAAAAUAGAGAAUUUCUCUUAAACUUUCAAAAUUUCCUAAAAUAGUAUUAAUCAUCUCUAAAGAAUCAAUUCUUUUCUUUCUCAGUUUCCACCAUUUAUUCAGGUAUUGUGUUUAAUAUUUCUCUUUCUUUAUAAUUUUAAUUACAUUUUUAUUAUUUUCUGCUUUCUCAUCUGUUUAAAAGUAAUUAUAAUUUUUAAAUAAAUUCCAUGAAAUGUUAAUGUUAAU